AUGUGUCUAAUGCAUUCGCAUGACCCGUCUUCAUUUUUCCUCACUGCCUGGCUAUCCGCUUUCACGUUAAUUUUCCCAUCCCUCGGAAGCAGUAGCUUUGCUGGCAAUUACACCAAGCUCGCUAAACACUCCAGACGUUUCCUGCAGCAGCAGCAGCAGCAGCAGCAGCAGCAGCAGCAGCAGCAGCAGCAGCAGCAGCAGCAGCAGCAGCAGCAGCAGCAGCAGCAGCAGCAGCAGCGGCGGUCUUUUUCAUCUUGA